CCACGGUCGACACCAACAGGUGCUCGCUGCCUCGCGCGUUUCACUCGACAUCCCUUUUGCCGCUGCAAUUCGUCGUCGACCCACCCGGUGUUCCAACGUGGAAUCAGUCGUGCUGCACUAGCCCGGCAAGCAUUGGUUCAUUUGGCGCGAGCGUCGGCCGACAAGCCACCAAACCAGACAGCGAAUCUGCGCCCCAGUCACCAUGCCUCGCACCUCCAAGAAGCGAGCUAGCGACGGUGUCAUUGACUUGACCGAGGAGCAUCACCAGGCCGGGCGCCAGGCGAAGCGCUCUGCACUGUCCACGAGCCACCCAUCGCGCCGUGGCUCCGGCGCCACGCACGGUCCCUCGUCGUUUACUUCCACCGGCAUUGGAGGUUCCAGCGUUUACGGCUCGUCGCCACAGAGCUCGCUGUCUGCAGUCCGAGGCUCGAGCCGUGGACCCUCCCAUUCGUCGCAAUCAUCACAGGCCACGCCUCCCUCUCAGUCCGGAAAUGAUGAUCUGGAGUUUUUGGAUCUCACUCAAGACGACGAUGGACCUCCCACAGAAUUCUACGGGUCCUUUGGUUCGAAAGCCCGAGCCACGGCGUCUUCAAUGCCCGCUAAUGCCGUCUAGAUGGCAAGAUUGUUGGAGUUCGGUACUACUCAGGGUAUGCUAACCCGGGAGAGACCGUCCUAUGUCGCCGAGAGCCGCAGAAUCAGUACGACCGCAAUGCGAUCCGCGUCGACAAUGUAAUGUACCAGCAGAUUGGGCACUUGCCCAGAAAAGUUGUGGAAAAAAUUGCUCCUUAUGUGGAUUCGGGUGACAUUACGCUGGAGGCGCAACUCAUCGGCGAGAAAGGCGUAUAUGACUGCCCCAUACGUGUCUUGUUCUUCGGGCCCAGCGACCCGGCAUCGCGGGCAAGAAUUGAGAAGGCACUCAAGGCAGAUAAGCUCGUCAAGGCCACUCAGUUGAACCAGACCCGGAAGGAGGCCGAGGCAAAGAGGCUGGCUAUGGGUCUCAAAGCUGGCAGCUCAACGCAGGGCGUUGGUGAUGAACAGAACGACGCUGGACAGGCCGAAGUAACGCUCGAGGAUCUUAUGAAGAGCAGCGACGCUACCGAAUUCCGCCAAGGAGGCGAUGCCAUCAAGACUCUUGCCAUCGACGAAGAACAUUUGGCCAAGAUGCCAAUGGCGGCCCAGCCACCAGAGCUCAAGGCGACCCUACUUCCGUACCAACGGCAGGGCCUGGCUUGGAUGAUGUCCAAGGAGAAUCCACAACUUCCUCAAAAAGGCUCUGAAAGACUGGUGCAACUCUGGAAGAAGACUACCCGGGACAUGUACUGGAAUCUGGCAUCGGGAUUCGUGACUCGGACUGCGCCCACGCUGUGCUCCGGAGGCAUUCUCGCAGACGACAUGGGCCUUGGUAAGACGCUGCAGAUUAUCAGUUUAAUCCUCGCUGGCGGCCCUGGAUCGACGCUCAUCGUGGCGCCCGUGAGCGUCAUGAGCAACUGGAAGCAGCAAAUCGAACGACACGUCCAGGCAGAUAAGGCGCCGAGUGUCAUCAUAUAUCAUGGAGACAGGAAGGCGAAGGCUGCGGAGCUCAUGAAGUACGAUGUUGUCAUCACCAGCUACGGAAGGCUUGCCCGGGAACGUGAUCCCAAGGUCGAGCGCGUGUUACUGAGCAAAUCUGUCGAGUGGCGGCGCGUCGUGCUUGACGAGGGCCACACCAUUCGCAAUGCCCGGACCAAGGUGGCAGCAGCGGCGUGCGAGCUGCAGGCUAAGUCACGCUGGGUACUCACGGGCACUCCCAUUGUCAACUCGGUCAAAGACUUGCACUCUCUGGUCAAGUUUCUGCAUCUCACCGGAGGCAUUGAGCAACCUGAAAUCUUCAAUACCAACGUCACCCGCAAGCUUGCUGCUGGAGACCGCAGCGGUGAAGUCAUUCUCCAGGCCCUGGUGCAAGACAUCUGCCUGCGGCGCAAAAAGGACAUGAAGUUUGUCGAUCUCAAGCUGCCAGACAAGAAGGAGUACCUGCACCGGAUCACGUUCCACCCUUCAGAGAAGCAAAAAUACAAUGCAUUGCUAUCAGAGGCGCGUGGAGCGCUGGAGGACUUUCAGAAAAACUCUUCUGCAGGACAAAAGGGGCGGUUCCAAAAUGUCUUGGAACGGCUCCUUCGGCUCAGACAGGCCUGCAACCAUUGGUCACUCUGCAGAGAACGCAUUGAAGACCUCAUGAAGCUUCUCGAGGAUGAAGAGGUUGUCACCUUCACUGACAAGAACCGCGCCUUGCUGCAGGAGGCCCUGCGCCUCUACAUUGAAAGCCAAGAAGACUGCGCCAUCUGCUAUGAAGUCCCGGGCUCCCCGGUUAUCACAAACUGCAAGCACGUCUUUUGUCGGGGUUGCAUUACGAAGGCCAUCCAGAUACAAGGAAAGUGCCCCAUGUGCCGCAACGGCCUCACAGAGGACUGUCUUCUGGAGCCUGCCCCCGAGGGAUCUGGUGACGCGGAUUUCGACACCGAUACUCAAAGUUCAAAGACGGAUGCCAUGAUUCAAAUCGUCCGCGCGACUCUAAAGAAUCCCGGCUCCAAGGUUGUCAUCUUUUCGCAGUGGACGUCGUUCUUGAACAUCAUUCAGAAUCAGCUGAAAGCGGCCAACAUUCAAUUCUGUAGGGUUGACGGGAGCAUGAACACAACCAAACGCGACCGCGCAAUCGACGCCCUGGAUAACGACCCCGACACUCGGGUAAUGUUAGCCAGUCUGGCAGUCUGUAGCGUCGGUCUGAAUCUGGUGUCGGCAGACACCGUCGUCUUGUCAGACAGCUGGUGGGCGCCCGCGAUCGAGGAUCAGGCCAUUGAUCGAGUGCAUCGGCUGGGCCAAAUUCGAGAGACUACAGUCUGGCGCCUCGUUAUGGAGGAAACCGUCGAGGAGCGCGUUCUGGCCAUUCAGUCGGAGAAGCGGGAACUGGUUGGCAAGGCGUUUCAGGAAAAGGACAAGAAGUCCAAGAAGACCAGGGACACGCGCAUGGCCGAUGUCAAAAAGUUGCUGUCUUAGAGGGCUAGACUCAGGCGUUGGGGAGCGUGUUCCUCCGUGCGUUUGCUUCAUAGACUUGGGGGCAUGUUCGUUGGCUCAGAUGGAGGCGGGCACAUUGGUCACUCCGAGCUUCUUCACCCUGCCAUUUGCUG